UCAAUUAAAUUUGAAUUCACGUAAAAAGUUUUCCAUCACGUAGAAGUAAAGCCUUCCCUGACUAACAAAGUCAAUUCUUAUUGCAGAGUUCAAAUUCAAAAUCUCUCAUUGAAAAUAAUAGAGUAUUUAACCUUUUAUAGAUAUAACUGACUAUAGAAGUGAUAGAAACUUAAUCACAAUUAAGUCCAUCAAAAACUUUUUUAGAGUCUAACUGCAACUGCAACGUUGUAACUUUCCACGUGAAAUGUAAUUUGAUUGAACGGUUUAUCUUUUGGGACUUAUGAGAUCACUGGAAAUUGUGUUGAAGCUUGUCGGAGUAUGCACAACAACCAAAUUGCAUUCUUUAACUAUCAGAACUUACGACACUCACUUGGCUGCAAAACUGACCGAGUUAAAUUUCGAGUUGUUACCUCUUCAAACUGCGCGUAAGCUGUUUGGUGAAAUUCCUCACCCAAAUGUAUACACCUGCAAUCGCAUUCUGCAACACUUCUGUGGAAAGAAACGAUAUGAGGAAGUACUAUCUCUCUUUUCGUCUAUGUUUUCAUUCUCAAAGCUUGAUCAUUUCACUCUACUUUUUGCAUUAAAGGCGUGUUCAACAUUAACAGCACUAAAUUUUGGCAAAACAAUUCAUGGGUUGGGGAAGAAACAUGGUAACAUUCAUUCAAACAUGUUUCUUGGAUCAGGCCUCAUUGAUAUGUACUCAAAAUGUGGAAAUAUGGACGAUGCUUUUCGAGUCUUUGAGGAAUAUUCAAACCCGGAUCUUGUUUUAUGGACUACUCUGGUUACUGGCUAUCAGAAGAACUAUAAGCCUGAUGAAGCACUAGCUGUUUUUACUCGAAUGGUGAUGGCAUGUUGCAUUAGUCCAGACCCAAUAACUCUUGUCACUGUUGUCUCUGCUUGUACUCAGUUGCUGAAUUUGAAAGCUGGAAAAAGUGUUCAUGCACUUGUGUUUCGAAUGGGUUAUGAAAGUCCCCUGUCUUUAUCAAACGCUCUGCUGAACUUAUAUGCGAAAACUGGAGCCACAUUUUAUGCAGGAAAUUUGUUUAGGGUGAUGGAGGAGAAAGAUGUAAUCUCAUGGAGUUGUAUGAUCUCCUGUUGUGCUCAUAAUGAUGCUACUGAUAGAGCAAUAACUCUUUUUGAUGAGAUGAUAUAUACAGGAGUUGAACCCAACUCUGUAAGUGUAAUCAGUGCUUUGCAAGCGUGUGAAGCUUGUUGUAAUUUCGACAAAGGCAGGCAAAUACAUGAAUUUGCUUUCCAGAAAGGUUUUGAACUUGAUAUAUUGGUCUCCACUGCUUUGAUUGAUAUGUACAUGAGCUGCUGUUCACCUCAGGAAGCGAUUAUUGUAUUUGACAGGAUGCCCAGCAAAGAUCCAGUUUCUUGGUUUGCUCUGUUAUGUGGAUGUGUUCAAAAUGGAAUGGCCAACAAGUCCAUGCAAAUAUUUUGUGAUAUGAUGACCAGCGAUAUCCGACCUGAUGCUACUGUGAUGGUUAAAAUUCUUGGAGCUUGUUCUGAGUUGGGAGUUCUUCAAUUGACUUCUUGUCUUCAUAGUUAUGUAAUUAGAUGUGGGUUCAUCAGCAAUUCGUUCGUUGGGGCUUCACUUAUUGACUGUUAUGCAAAAUGUGGUAGCUUGGAGGAGGCUAUCAAGGUUUUUGAGAGAUUGACAGAUAAAGAUGUUGUUACUUGGAGCUCCAUGUUUGCAGGCUACGGAAUUCAUGGGCAAGCUAGAGAAUCAAUUAAGUUAUUUCAUCGUAUGGUUACAGAUUCCACGGUGUGUCCUAACAAAGUUACCUUCCUUUCAAUUUUAGCAGCUUGUAGUCAUGCAGGUUUUGUUGAGGAAGGAAUUGAAUUCUUUAACAUAAUGUUAAAUGAGUACCAACUGAUGCCAGAAUCAAAGCAUUAUGCGAUCAUUGUUGAUCUACUUGGACGAACCGGAGAAUUGGACAAGGCUAUGUGCUUCAUUAACCAAAUGCAGUCACGGGUUGGAGCACACGUAUGGGGCGCCUUACUUGGUGCUUGCAGGAUUCAUCAGAAUACAGAGAUUGGAGAAAUCGCUGCCAGAAAUCUUCUCCGGUUAGGUCCAGAUCAUGCAGGAUAUUAUAUCCUGUUAUCAAAUGUGUAUGCUGUUGAUGGGAAGUGGGAUGAUGCAGCUGAACUUAGAGGUUCAAUUAAAGAGAAAGAAUUGCAAUUGAUAACUGGCCAAAGUGUUGUUAGACUUUAGGAAUGAGGUCCAUGUCUUUUUAGCCAACGGAGGAUAUCAGAGGGACGUAAGAGCAUAUCUAUGGUCCCAAUUUAAACAUUCUGCUGCAUCAUGCUGAAGAGAUAUAGUUCUGAAGUUUGAGACAUAGACAUAUGUGCAAGAGUGUUGUCCUAAGGCACGUUGACGUUGGGGGAAUUUUCUAAAAGGUUUAAAACUGAGAAAUCAACUGAAGAGACGUAAAGAAAAGAUCACUUAGUCUUCAAAUAACAAUCAUAUGUCAACAAGUAUUCGCUCAAGUCAGAGCUCAGACAGUGGGUAUAUCCUUCUAUCCUUAAUCACAUGUCUCAAGUUUGAACCUAGGAUGGAGAAAGUCCUGAUGGGAAGCUUUUUCCCUUUGGUGUGAACCCUGCAGACACAAAUCCGGAUUAAUCAGGCAAGUGAAUUUCACCUACCGGUUAGUUAUAAGAAAAAGUACUUGCUCGAGUACAUAAGAUUAACCUCACUUCUCAGUAAAAUUCCUCUUUUUAUUCCUCCGGUGAUACUUGUGUAAUGGAUACCAGGAGUUAAGUGGAGCAGAAAAGGAAUUGUGUUGUGCGCUAAUAUCCGUAACGCAUGUUAUGGCUUGCAAUUAGAUUGUAUUGCACAUUAUUGGGGAAGUAAAUUAGAUUGUUCCUGUUUGCGUUGUUUCA